AAUCAUUUCAUGUUUUUUAAGUAAGAUGUUGAAUAUAUUGUAGUUUUGGUCGAUUCUUUGGAUUUGGUUUCCAAUCGAAAUUAGACAACUUGCUUAAAUAAGAAAACCUCAUAUUAGAAACAAUCUUAAAUGAAGAUGACAUAUUGUCAGAAUUGAAAAUGUCUAGCUCCGGAAAGUUUGCUGACUUGUAAAAUUAUAAUAUGAUUUUUAGUAUUAUCUCACAUCCUAAUGAAUACAAAAAAAUGAUCCAUUACAUUAUUGAUGAUUUCUAGCCAAAAGAAGAAGAUAUUUAAUAAUACAUUAAGUAAUUUGUUUAUACGAUCAUAGAUUUCAAUUUAUCAUUAGCGAAGUGUUUAGUUCCGAGAAUGAAAAACUUAUUAAUUAUUUAUUUGAUAAACCCAUUGAUAACCCCCAAGAGGAGGUUUAAAAUCCCCUAGAUGACUAACAAACUGAAUCACAACCCACACAAGAAUAAGAAGAUAAAGAGUCAAUUAGGUAGCAUUUGCUUGCUGAUUUCUUGCAGGUUUUAGGAAAUGAUACUCUAGUUGUCACUACAGCAGGUUAUGUUAACAAGAUUAUUGGAGCCAUAAUUCAUAGAAGAGGACAUGAUGUAAAAGUCUAUUACAAUUAUAAUAGUUUUGGGAGUAUUUAAUAAAAAACCCAUAAGUCAUAACAAAUCUGUUCAAGCAUGCUGAAUAAAAACACAUAACUGAAAUCAUUGAGAAACUGAUUAUAUUAGACAGCAACCAAGAAGAAAAUGAUGAUAAAAAUUAUCUCAAGGAGAGAUCCGAUUUAAUUAUAAGAUGUCAGAAACUUUUAGCUGUUGACUCCAAUUCCAAUAUAAACAUCUCAAAUUUGUGCGAUAUCUUAAUUGAACUGUACAAGAGAGCAUUAAUCUCACUUGAUACUAUGCCAUCCUUGAGAGCAAUUUUACAGAAUGUUGCCUAACCCUAAUAUUUCAUGAAUCUUGCAAUUUAGACUCAAAACACUUUAGUCUAUAACUUAUUAAACAUUCAAUUUGAAUAUUAUAUAAAGGUUGAAUAGAUAGAAGAAGGAAAGUAUGCAGUAGAUUUAAAAAAUCUGUAUUCUAGUUUAAUUUCGCAUUUGCCAUAAGCUUUGACUUAACAAGAUCUAUUUAAAGUGGCUUUUUAAUCUUCUAAAGGUGAUCAAGUAUUUCCACUUGGUGAUGCUAAAUUAGAAUUGAUUGCAUUCAUAAUCUAACUCUGUUAAAGAUAGGAAAUAGCAGAUUAAUUUACUAAACCAACCAUCUUCUUAAAUAUUUUAGACUUAAUCAUUAAAUACCCUUCAAACAAUUAAUUAUCAAUAUUAUUUGAUAAAUUGGUAACGUCAAUCAUCAAAACUAAGAAUUCUCAAUUACAAAACCUAUUAUUCUAAGAUUAAGCUGUUCUUCGAUUCUUAAUUACGCAUAAUGGAUCUGAAUCUAGAAAAAAAAAGCCUGCCUUUUAAGGAGUAUUAACUAAAGUUACAAAUUAUCUGAACUCCAAUAUUAACGAAUCCGAUGAGUUAGCAAAAUCUAUCAACCAAAUUAAAGAUGAAUGGAAUACCUAUAUAGAUGAGCUAAAUGAAGUAAACUUAAAAGAAUAAUAAUGGAUGUGCGGAGUUAAUCCAAGAAUGAAGGAAUAAGAAAAUAUAUCAAAUUUAAGUCCCUUUAUGCCUCUCCCUUUAAUUCCAUAUUAAUAAGUAAUAAGAAAAGUAGAAAGCAGUGAUGAUAAUUCUAUUACUUAAGAGAAAUAAGAUUUCAAUGAGGUUGAGUAAGAAGAUAAUUCAAUUAAUGAUAAUUCAAAUAAUGAUAAUUCAAAUAAUGAUAAUUAAAACAAUGAUAAUUAAAAUAAUGAUAAUUCAAAUUAAGAUAGGGAAUAGGAAAAUGUAGAAAUAUUUUCUCCAAACUUUGCUGAUUAGUAAAAUAAUGGAGAUUAAAUAAACAAUUAAGAAUUACCAUAAACUUAAGAAUAACAAAUUACAGAAGACAUCACUUAAGAACAUGAUGAAUAAAAAGAAAUUAAAUAAAAUGAAUUAAAACCAGAACCAGAACCAACAGAGUUGAUUGACUAACAAUAGCAGCCUGAAUAACAUCUGCAACAACAAGAAUAAGAAAAUUAACAAGAAUUAAGUGAACCAGAACCUCAAUAAGAAAACCAAAUUUAGACUUAAGAACCUUAAGCAGAACCUGAUGCACAAUAACUAGUUCUAAAAUCUAAUUCUUAAAUGUAAGAUGAGAAUUGA